CUGACAUUUGUUCGUUUAGUUGGCGGUUUCUUAAGAGAGCGGUAUAUAAAUUGACAAUUCAAAGGCAACCAGAGAGCCUGCCCUUCUUUGUGUGUAAGGAAAAUCCAAAAAUGGCGGUGGUGUCGCCAUUAGCAAAGUACAAGCUGGUGUUUUUGGGAGAUCAAUCUGUGGGCAAAACCAGCAUCAUUACUCGCUUCAUGUAUGAUAAAUUCGACACCACUUAUCAGCCCUUGCUCGAGUCCCAAACGCCAUUCCUCGGCUCAAGGAGUGGAUCGAGGGCAUUUGCUUGCAGAUGCCUUAUUCUGAGCGCUCAUGGCGCGAGCUCUCGAAGGGUCGUUGGGAGGCUCGUUCUCACGGUAAGAUCUCUUUCCCGAAUAAGUAAUUUUUAGCAUCACAUUCUCAUUUCCUUUCUGUUCUUUUUGCAGGCUUGCCUAAGACCAUUGAGCUUAGGCCUUCAGUAGGGGAUGAGGACUUGUCCGUUGAUCCCCACGCCUCGGGACAGCUUGGGGCUGCUGCAAGAGAGAAGAAGAAAAGAAAGGCUCCGAGUUCCCCGAGCUCGUAGAAGAAGAAACCAAGGAGAAGAUUGGCCCGCAAGCCAAAGGAGAGUUCUGGCUCUCGAGCACCCGACUCGGACUCACUUUAUCGGCUCAGGGAUGAGCCCGAGGAGGAUGAUAUUCUUGUGGCCCGUAAACCGAUCUCCCCCGAAGAGCGGGUGGUUGUUGACAGGGAGAUUCAUGAGGCUGAUCUCCCUCAGAUUAGGGAAGUCGAUGAGGAGACCGGAGCCGAGACUUCCCGGGAUGCCGGCCAUGCCCCGAAGGAGACACUCGGUGUAAUAGACAUUUCAAGGUCGCCUUCUUAUACCGAGUCCAUGCUGGAAGAGGCUCAAACGACAAAGGAGCGAUCCAACGAAGAGGCUCAUGGUGCGGACGAUCCCCUCAGUUUUGUUUUGAAGGUGUGGACUCCACCGCCCUGGAAGACUUCUCCGGGUUGGGUGAUUUGGAGGUGCCGAGGAAAGACCCAUCUUCGAAGGUCUGCGGGCUGAACUCGAGCCCAAAAUUAAUCAACCGGUUCCCCAUCCCGAGCAUGGAUCCCGACCGAAAGCAGUCAAUAAUCAUCACCGUACCGGAGGAUGCUCGGGUUCUUUCUACCCCUGUUGGUGUAGCUAACUACCUUCGGUGCCUGGUAACCGAAGAAGACCAGGCAAAAAUAAAUGAGGUGGAUAACGCCGUGCUUGUUUAAUGAAGCACAGCAGGCGCUGAACCGGGUAAGGCGUCAUUACACUCUUUCAUCUUCGGAUUUAGUUUUUGAUAUCUCAUGCCUUUUUGUUUUCUUUAUAUUUUUGCAGGCCUCGGUACUUCAUCAUAAAAGUUUCCUCCGGUACCAGGCUGAGGUUAACUAGCUCGAGGCUGAGGUCAAGGAGCUUGCUGAGAAGAGGGACAUGUAUAAGCUUUUAGCGAGCAACGUGAAGAAGAAGCCAAGAGUCUCCGGGCUGAGUUGGAUGCGGCUCAAAAGGAGCAUGCCGACCUGGUGGAACAAGUAAAGAUUUUUGAAGUUAGUGAUGAUGAGUUAGACAUGGAGACUAACGGCCAAACUCCGCAGGUCAAGCUGAAAGUUGACAGGAUCGACCAACUCCGAGCCGAGAUGGACGAGGUCAAGGCCAUGGCCGAAGGGUGGAAAGGAAAAAUGGACCGAUUGGCUUCGGAGAAGGAGACUGCCCGGGAGCAGCUGGCAUCAGUGGAGGUCCAACUCCGAGUGGCCGAAGCAUGGGCUCAACGAAUCGAAGACCUCCGGUCUCAACUGGGCUUGGCCAUUGCUGAACACGAUGCCCUCGGCAAGGAGCUCGAAACAACGAAGUUUGCAUCGGAAAUAACCAGGGCUGAUGCUGCAGAGAUGGUGGCCCAGUACAGGGCUGAUGCUGAGGCAGCCCAGGACCGCCUGAAAGUUACAGUCGAGUACAUGAAGUGGUUGUCCCGAAGGGAGGCUCUCGAGGAGGCCCAUGCCCGAGGUUUCGACCUGUCGGCCGAGAUCGAAAAUGCGAAAAGGCUCGAGGUAGAGGCCAAGAAGCUGGCUGACCCCGAGGGUGAGGAAGGUUCUAAGGGCUCUGGCGAACCCGAGGAUGGAGAAGACCCCAACGGCUCCGGUGACGAGGCGGGUUUUGGGGAAGAUCAGGCUUAGGUGCCUUAGGGAUUUUUCUUUGUUUUUGCAUUUUGUUCAUUUUAUUGAGGCCGUUAUCGUUGGACUUUGUAAAAGACUUUUAUUGCAAUGUAUAUAAGGAUUUUUUCCCUUUGGCAAUUUUUGAGUUCGUUUCUUUUGGCUUCCCCUUUAUGAUUGCAAAGUUUUCAAAUGCCUUAGCAUGUAAAUUUUGUUUGAAUCUUGUGGGGGGCUCGGUAUGACCGAAAGCUUCCCCUGAAGUGCUUGUUUAGAUGUUUUUAGAUUAUAGAUUUGCCGAGGGUAGACUUUGAACCGGUUUGGAAUUUUUGAAGGCCUUUAUGUUUCAAUUACGGGUUACGGACGUCUCCGAGCCUUUUCUAAGGUGGCCGUAGCCUUUUGAGUUCAGGUACUGCCUAAUAGGCUUUGUACCUACGGGCUUUGAUACCCGAGCCGUCCGAACUUGCCUUGGAUGACAGUCCCCGAGUGGGGGUGAUCUCUUGGAUCCGGAUAGAGGCGACCCUUGGGCUCGAUAUCCUUAAGGAAAAAUGUAAUAGUCUUAAGGGGCAAAAUAUGUGUCUGUAAGGUAGAAACUUUCUUUCAUUCCUGUGCGCGAUAUACAAGAUUGUAAGUAUGUACAAGUUUCGUGUUAUGGCUUAGGUGGUCUACGCGGGCACAAUUUACUUUGACCGUUUGGCCCUUACAAUAAAUCCUAUCCACCGAGCCCAGACUGUUCAAGCACAAAGUUUUCUUCCUUGCUAGAAUUAUUACCCGAGGGUGAUGGCCACCAGUAUUCCAGGUCGAUCGUCGAAAGGGCUCGGAUACUAUUGAUGCGACCAUCGAUUCCGGUUCAUAACCGGUCUUUGAUUCUAAGUUAGCACGAUCCACUGUUGUCUCGUUAAAAAUCUUGCUGGAAAACCCAUUUGGGACAAAACCGGUUCAAGGAAAAAAGAGUGCAACGCGUGCUUUCAGGCCUAGCAACUGCAUCAUUCUUUGGCUGUUGCCUGCAAGUGUUAGUCCAAUUCGUAAUAUAUGUAAGGAAAAGAAUGAAUGGGGUCGUACUUCAACAGUAGUAUCAUUUUAAGUGGGUCACGUUCUAGUUGUUUGGUAGUUGUUCACCGU